AUGCCUACCCCCGAAUCCGCAGCCUUCUUGGCGAAGAAGCCGACCGUCCCUCCCACCUUCGAUGGCGUUGACUACGACGACAACAAGCAGCUGAAGCAGGCGCAAGACGCCGUAAUCAGGGAGCAGUGGGUGCAGGUUAUGAUGGGACGGCUCGUGCGGGAGGAACUCAACAAAUGCUACCGCCGCGAGGGUGUCAACCACCUGGAGAAGUGCGGUUUCUGGAGAGAAAAAUACCUCCAGCUGCUUAGCGAACACCGGGUACGCGUCCCGGCGCCCAUACUACAAGCGCACCAUUACCUCUUCUAUCCCACCUCGUCGGCAACCGUUGCCGUCCGCCGCUCCCCCACCUCGUCUUCGUCGCACUCCCGCCCUCGCCCUCUCCCACGACGGCCCUUCUCCAGCACGCCUGCGAGCCGAUACUCCCCUCCUCCUCCACCCACAUCCGAGCCACCGUCGGGCAGCAGCAGCGACAGCAAGGGGGGAGGCCCGCCCUCCUUCACGACGCCGCUGGACGACGGGUCCGGCCAGGAGGAUAAGCCCCCGAUAUCCUCGUGCCCCGAGGGCACCAUCCUGACGGGGCUCAACUACCUCAAGAACCAGACGGACCCGGUCGCCCUCGCCGACAGCGCCUAUCCGAGCUGGCUGUGGCGGUGCCUCGACGUGGUCAAGAGGGCGGACGACAACGUCGACGAGGACGCCGGCGACGAGUUCUCCAAAUCCAAGAAGCAGCGGCGCCUGGCCGCCAAGAAGCAGCGCAUCGAGGAGGCGCGCCUGAUGGCCUCCGGCAACCUCGACGCCCUCGCGCCCAAGAUCCCGCUCCACCACCAGUCCAUCAACUUGCCCGCCAACGAGGAGGGCACCGUCGAGGGCGCCAUCUCCGCCGCCGCCGCCCGCGAGGACCUGCGCCGCGCCAUGCGCAAGGACCGUCGCGCCAAGAUCAAGGAGAGCAAUUACCUCAAGAGCAUGUGAUAGCAUAAAGAAGCCGCCGGCGGUGACGCCGACGUGGAUCGGCCCCUCCCCCUCCUUCGCGAGCGGGUUUGCCGGGCAGGUAUGUACAUAGCGGCCGCCCUGCCUCGCCUGGAUAUGUUCGGGCCCCGCAUGCGUCUCCAUGACCUUCUUAGCAAAGCGGCGCUGGGCGAAAGAGAAAAGGAGACGAGGUGAAGGCCAUCCUCGGUGUCAAGGAAAGUCACAAGAGAAGAACAAAACCGAGAUCGAGGGGGAGGAGGAAGAGAAAAAGAAAACAAAAGAACACGGCUCCAGGCGAGACGGCAGUCGUGGCAUCAGUCGUAUCAUUUCUCUCUUACGUAAUUUUAUAUGAUGUUCAACAAAUGUACAAACUAAGCAUUGUUAAGGAACAUACAUCGAAAAUUAGUCCCCAUAUGGUAUUCGGUCAUCUAAGUAACAUGGUGGCGGCUGAACAAGAUAUACACGUCAAAAUAUCCGCUUGUAGCCGUUGGAUACUAUACAUCUAACGAUGCACGAAAUCAAAGUGUAUUAACAUGACGCUCCGAUUCUUCCUCGAGUGAUCGUAUCGUCCGUUCUCU